AUGGCAUACAACAAAGCCUUCAACCCAGAUGCGCUGCCAGCGCAUGCGGAACCAGACCAGGCGGCACAGAUGCUGGCAGGCCGCCGACCAUCUCCCUCAACUCAGCGACCCGCAUACUCAAAUCUGCCUUCACAGCAGAACCGGCCACCGUCUCCUGGGCAUGGUGGACGAAGACCCUCGGGCGGGCCUCCGUCCAAUUACCAGCACAAUCAGCAGCCAUAUCACCAAAAUCACCAGAAUCAACAGAACUACCGCCCACCACCUCCACAGAAAGACAGCUAUGAUCACAAUUUCAGUCGGUUAGGAUCACCGCCGCCGCCAGCAGGCUACGGCAAUGGCCCACGUCCACAGAUGCAGCCAAUAUCCAUAGCUCAACACCACUCGCCCUCGCCGGCACGAACGCCAGCUCCACCGGACGCGGACUCGCCAGAGCUGUGGUCAAUAUUCGAGGCAGCCAACAUUACGAGAACAGGACAUAUGACACUGACAGAGUUGGGCUCAGCUCUUGUCAAUGGAGAUUACACACCCUUCGAUCCGUCCACGAACAGAGCAUUGAUGCGCAUGUUCACGAGUUCUCCCCCUACCCAGCUGCAAAGCGCUACGCUCACUUUCGCCGAAUUCCAGAAUCUAUGGAGGUUUCUGGCAGCGUGGAAAGAGCUAUUCGAGCGAUUUGACGAGGACAGGAGCGGCCGGAUCACCCUGAACGAAUUCUCAAAAGCCCUCGUGGCUUUCGGCUACAGACUAUCGCAACCAUUUGUGAGUCUACUAUAUAGCACAUAUGAAGCAAAGGGCAUGCGCAUGGCGGAGGAGAGACGUGGAAGCCGUGGCGCUGCGACAACCCAGGGCAUGAGUUUCGAUCUGUUUGUUCAAGCAUGCGUCCAUUUGAAGCGCAUGACGGAUGUGUUCAAGAACUACGAUGAUGAUCGAGACGGCUAUAUCACUGUUAGCUUCGAGGAGUUCUUGACAGAGAUACUCAAACUGCGAGAUUGA